AUGGCACAUGAAUAUUUCGAUGAUCCAUAUGGAUCAUUUCGUCUUCGUAUAAUUAAUCAAUUUUCUCAACCACAAGAUAAUUCCUUUCAACAAAAUGUUCUCCCAACACUACGAGAUAUUAUUCAUCAAUCUAAUCGAGACAGAAAUUCUUCUCCACUUCAUCAAUAUCAUAGAGAAUAUUCUCAUUCCAAUAGACAUUCAAAUUCAUCAAAUGAUCGACCGCAUCGACGAUAUCGAUUAGAAGCUCCUAAUUAUUAUUCAUAUGUACGACAUCCUCGUGGUUUAGAUCAUCAACCAAAUUUUCCACAUAAUCUUCUACGAGAUUUUUUUGGUGUGCGUGAUGAUUCAUCAUUCGGUAACAGUGUUUUUGUUAAUCCUACUAAUCUUCGUCUUCAAUUUUUUAAUGUACCCGGUUUACUUGGUUAUAGUGAUGAAACACCAUCUGUGGGUCUAUCCAAUAAUAGUAUUGAACGCAUACCAACAAUGACUUAUCGAAAAUCAAAAACUAAAGAUGAUAAAUGUGCAAUUUGUUUAAGUGAAUAUAAAAACGAUGAAACUACCAAACGUUUACGAUGUGAACAUUUAUUUCAUGCUGAAUGUAUUGAUCCAUGUCAAUGUCCAAUCUGUCGUGGUACACAAGUCGAUUAA